CUCUCUCUCUCUCUCUCUCUCUCUCUCUCUCUCUCUCUCUCGUUUUCAUGGCAGCCCAAGAUUCCCAAGGAAUCAAGCUCUUCGGCAAAACCAUAACAUUCCGCGGAAACGUCAAUACACAAACGACAGCAAAAACUGAGAGUAUGACAGAGACGACAACGAGAACGCAUGAACAGAGACAGGGCAGCGAUCUGAAAUCCGAUCUGAAGGCGGCGGCCGAGAAAUUACCCGACAAGAUCAUACCAUGUCCGAGAUGCAAGAGCAUGGAGACAAAGUUCUGCUACUUCAACAACUACAACGUGAACCAGCCUCGCCACUUCUGCAGAGGCUGUCAAAGAUACUGGACCGCCGGUGGGGCCCUCCGCAACGUCCCCGUCGGCGCCGGUCGCCGCAAAACCAAACCCACCGGACGAGUCGUCUCCGGAGAUCUUGUGGGUGUCGCCGGCGUGCUGGGUGCGAGUGGGGUACACCAGGUCGAGCUAGACGGUCUGUUGGUGGAGGAGUGGCAUGCCACGGCGGCGGUGCACGGCGGUUUCCGGCAUGAUAUUCCGGUGAAGCGGUUUCGUUGUUUCUCCGGCGACCAGUCUUACUGAUUUUUUUUUUUGGGAUUGGCUCCUUGAGACCCGGUGAAGAACAUGGUAGCUAUUGGGUACAUACAGGCUGGAAGAUGAUUAAUUAGUUUAAUUAAUUAAUUAAUUACUACUUAUAAUGUCUGUUUUACUGCACAAAUAUUAAUCAGGCUUUUAAUGUUUCGUUUGGAAAUUCGUCUUACUUUUGUAAACCGAAGCUUACAUAUGUUUAGAAUGUGUGAAAUUGUUGGCUCUUAAAAUAUAA